AUGAAACGGUUAAGGCUGGAACGCUGGUCUGGUCAACUGACCCAGGCCCAGUCGCAAAUCCGAUGUCGACCCUGCCUCACCGCGAGGCAGAACCUCCUGAGAUCUCUCCCCGGCUCGGCUGCGGCGGAACACUUGACCCCUACCGUUGAGGGUAGCCAAAGCCCAUAUCCGUCACCCCUUCCUGAAGCGGCCCUCGAGUCUGCAAAGCUCGCCGCGCUCCACGCACGUCUUUGCCUCUCCUCAAAACUCCCACUUCAGACUCUUGCUCGCGCAUUAGUUGAUCCUACCGCCGAUGAGAAUCCUAGCUUCAACAAUCUCCGCCUUGCCUACCUCGGCGGCACAGUCAUCAACUACCAUGCCUCGGAAUGGCUCAUCGCGAAAUACCCUAGGCUCCCAAUGUCUGUCCUCUUCGAGGCUAUGCGCGGAUACGCUGGCAGCGAAUCCCUUUAUCACGUCGGCAAGGGGUGGGGCGUGGAAAGCGCUGCGGCCCCUGGCGGGGAGGUAGAUCCCGGUCUUCUCCAAUGGUCCGACGACAUCUCGAAGAGCGUCACUCAUCAAAUGUGGGGAUAUGUGCGUACGGAGGCAAACAAACUUGACAAGUUCAAAUGGCGGCGAGGCUGGAGCAGCCGAGUCAUCUAUGACGACCCCUUCGGCGACACCGUUCACGUUAACCAGCACAAGGAGAACUCUUCUACUCCCCAGCUACCCAGCGCAAUUAUUGCCGAAAAGAAGACACAAUACGAGUUCCUCCGGAAUAACGCCUACUCAGGCUUCGUCCGAGCCCUUGUUGGCUCCAUCUACCUCCACUGUGGCCGAGAGAUGGCCAAGGCAUUUGUCAAGGCCCACAUCCUCUCGCGCAACCUUGAAGUAGACAAGAUGUUCACUUUCCACGCCCCUCUCAUCGAACUCUCCAAGCUCUGUGCUAGAGAAGGUUUUGAUCGGCCCGUCGCGCGCCUAGAAAGCGAAACUGGACGUUUAUCGAGGACCCCGGUUUACGUCGUUGGCAUCUACAGCGGCAAGGACAAGCUCGGAGAAGGUGUAGGCCCCAGCCUCAACUUUGCCAGGUGGAAGGCCUCAAUGAACGCCCUGAAGGCCUGGUACCUGUAUAGUCCGAGCGCAGAACCCCGCGUACCGAGCGACAUGCUGGUCGAGGGAGCGAAAGCUUGGCAAGCCCCGUACGUUGAUAUUGGCGAGGUAAUGCUCUCUAUCCAGUUCCUCAAGUCUGCUCUAGAGGUUGACGCCAAUGAAGACGUGGAUCAAAGCCGCCAACGACGUCGAGGCAGUUCCGCAGGACAACCUCUCAACAGAUCAAUCCGUGGACCCCUCCAGCUUAUAUCUCUUCACCCGGAGCAAGUCGAGGAGCUAGUCAUUGUCAAACCCUCAACAUCGACCUACUGUCAAAGUAAGACAAAUGGCGCCAACUCCUUCAACGAUGAAGGCCGUCGUGGUCUUACCGCAUGGACGUUUGUCCGCGAGGCUGGUGGGGUCCAACCUGGCGACUGGGUGCUCGUCCACGCGGCGGCCGGUGGCGUGGGUGGCCUUUUGACGCAGAUGCUCAAGGCCGUUGGGGCAAAGGUGAUCGCGACGGCGAGCACAGAGGAGAAAUGCGAACUUGCCAAGAGCUACGGGGCCGGGUGGGUCAUCCAGUCAAAGGACGAAGACCUGGUGAAAAGGGUUAAGGACAUCACGGAUGGGCAUGGCGUUGAUGUCAUUUUCGAUGGUGUCGGCAAGGCCACCUUUGACGGCGAUCUUGAAAUGAUUGCACGCAAGGGAACGCUGAUUGUUUUCGGAAAUGCUUCCGGACCCGUUCCUCCCUUUGACAUUCUUCGGCUUGGUGCCAAGAAUGUCAAGGUUGCCCGGCCCGUUGUGAACAAUUAUGUCGCCACCCGCGCGGAAUUUGAAAAGUAUGCGGGCGUGCUUUUUGACCUUGUCGUUGCUGGAAGGGUGGUUGUCAAGGUACACGAUGUCUAUUCGCUCGAAGAGGCCACCAAGGCACACCAGGAUCUAGAAGGGAGGAAGACUACUGGGAAGUUGUUGAUCAAGUGCGAUUGA